AAUAGCGGGUCUGGGAGUGGGAGGAACAUCUCUGCUGCGAUCCUUCUUGCUUUGUUACGUCUGGGAAGCCAUUUUGGAAUUCUGCUUGUAGUGCCUGAUAAUUACGUACACAUACACACUGUCAACUUGCAAACUUUUAUGUAUGUUCACGGAUAAAUAUUAUUUUGUUAUCUGGGUUAGGAUCAUCGAACGCACCAUACCUGGAAUAGACGCCUCGACAUGCGGUUUGAAGUUAACGCAUCUUGCAAGACAGAAAUGUGUGGAUCUUUUUCAACUGGAUUACGCUCAUAAGAAUAACAGAUGGGCUCUUAUCUGACGGUCUGAUCGGAGAAUGACCAUGGAUUUCUCUCGCCUACACACAUACACUCCUCCACAGUGUGCUCCAGAGAACACAGGAUAUACCUACUCCCUCAGCUCCAGCUACUCGACUGUGGCCCUAGAGUUUGAGAAGGUGCAUCAGAUCGCUCCCGUGUUCAACUCACCCAGGAUGUCGCGGCGGAGCCUGCGUCUGCAGACCACUGGCGGUCUCUAUGGCAACGACAGCCUGGCUGACUUCUCCUCCCAGAGCCACAGCAGCGGAGGGUCCAGUCAGAGAGAGUCAUGGAUGGUGAGGAGCAGAAAGCAUCAGCAGCAGUCUGCCUCCAGCUCCCUGUCCCUUAACCAGUCCCUGUCCCUGAACCAGUCCCUGUCCCUGAACCAGACGCCACGCAAGACCCUGUCCUUCUCCACUACCAACACUCCCUCUACGGGCUGCACCACUGCCAGCGAUGCCUCCCUGCUAUCCUCCAUCCUGGACCAGUCCAGCCUCCGCCAGCGAUCCACCACCACUACUACCACAGAUGGCUACUGGGGUUCAGAUCAGGAUACCAGUCUGAAAGGGAGGAGUUCAAGGACGGACCACAGCUCAACGGGUGCGAACGGCGGCAUCAACACUGUGUCGCACAGCCACGCCAUGGUCGCCAACGGUUACAUCUGUAAAGACUGUUCCAUACACUCUGAGAGGAAAGAAUCUCUCACCACGUACUCCUCCUCUUCCUCGUCUCAGGCUGCCUCUGCAGCAGCAGCUGCCGCCACCUUCUCCUCUUCCUCGUCUCAGGCUGCCUCUGCAGCUGCCGCCGCCCUUUCAUCCUCUUCCUCGUCUCAGGCUGCCUCUGCUGCAGCAGCUGCUGCCGCCAUCUCAUCAUCAUCAGCCUCAUCCUCCAGUUUAUACAGCACGGUCAAGAGUCAGAGGAGCAAGACAGGUCUCCUGGUGUCAGUCUCUAACACGUGUGUCCACUACAGCAGACGAGCCCUGACCCCCAUCGUGUCCCUGAUGACACUGCUCUUCCAGAAUUUUCUGUGGCUGGGCACAAGAGCCAGGAGCCACUCAGGCAAAGGUGUCCUGGCGUCCCUCUUAGACAGGGCCAGAUGGGCUGUCUCCUCCAGCGCGUCCCGUGUCUCUUGGCUCUUUAAGCAGACCACUCUCCACAGGAUGAUGGGCUACAGGGCCAACGGCUACGAAGGCAAAGCUCACUCCAGUUACUGUGGGAGCAUGAAUGUAAAAGACCACGUGAUGGGAGACGGACACCACCACUUUUUGAAUGGCUCGUUGUGUGACGACUGUAAAGGGAAGCAGCACCUGGAGACCAACACACUGGUCCACAGUCACACACAGACCUCCAGAACUCACCGUCUACUGGGGGGUCUGUGGACCCUUAUAGUUUACACAGGCUACUGUCUGCUCCAGCCAGGUUACUAUGUAGUGAGGGCAGGCCUGGCGCUGGGGUCAGCAGUGGGGUCAGCAGUACGCUCAGUGUCUCAGAGACUGCUGUCAGUGCUGUGUCUAGUCCUGGGAGCUCCAGGUAAAGCAGCCAGGCGGUUGUUGUGGUGUCUGGGGACAGGCUGGUACCAGCUGGUGUCUCUCAUGUCUCUGUUCAACGUCUUCUUCCUGACCCGGUGCCUGCCCAGAAUGUGGAAGCUCCUCCUCUUCCUCCUUCCCUUCCUGCUAUUCCUGUGGUUGUGGUUCUGGGGUCCGUCCAGUUUCCUCUCCUACCUUCCAGCCAUAAACCUGACAGAGUGGCACUCCAGAGUGGUGUCCCCCUUCACCCUCUCAUCGUUUAUCCUGACCCCUGCCCUUGUUCCCACCCCCGCCACACCACUGGAGCAGACCCCCACAGCAACCCCCAGCCCACAGGCACAGCCAGUCCUUCCCCCCAUAGUCACCGUGGACACAGAGGGCCUGGAGCGUCUGGAGCGGGUAGAGCAUGGUCUGACCCUGCUGUGGGAACGGGUGCAGCAGGGGGACCAGAGGCAGGAGCAGCAUCACGGGGACACCCUGGCCCAGUACACCCUCCUGAGGGAGCAGCUGGACAGCCAGACGGACAGAGACAGCCUGGGUCUCUGGGUCUCUGGCUUGCUGGAGCACAGGAUCACCCUGCUGAGAGGAGAGCUGGAGCAGCAGGAGGCCUCACACAGGGCACAGACUGAAGAGCAGAGGGUUCAGCAGCAGCAGAGUCAGGAGACACGGCUAGCUGAGCUGGAGGGGCUGCUGCAGGUCCUCGCUACUAAAACAGAGGCGGUGCAACAGAAACAGAGGAAGGAAGAGAGAGAGGAGACAGCCACACCAGCCCCUGCCUCUGUCCCUGUCAGUGUGGAUGUGGACCCGGAGGCCCCUGCUGCUUUGCUGGCGGAGGUGCAGAGGCUGGAGGGGGAGCUGGGUCGGAUCAGGGGCGACCUGCAGGGGGUGAUGGGAUGUCAGGGGAAAUGUGAGCAGCUGAACACAAUCCAGGAAACGGUGCCCUCCCAGGUGUCCGCCCAGGUGUCCGCCCAGGUGAGGCGGGAGCUGCAGGCCCUGUUCUACGGCUCUGACGACCAGACCCACCAGGGAGAACCAGACAUCCCCGCGGGACUCCUCCAGUGGCUGUCGUCGCGCUACGUGAGCGGGGCCGACCUGCAGACCCUCCUGACCAACCUGGAGCUCAGCAUCCUGAGGAACGUGUCGCUGCAGCUGGAGCAGAGCAGGGCCGAGGCCCGGACGGAGGCUGAGGCCAGGGCUGCAGUCAUCACCACCCAGACCCAGGCUAUUACACAGAGUGUCCAACACACCGCUGUGGGCGAGGGACUGUCUGAGGAGCAAGUGCAGCUGAUCGUCCAGAAUGCCCUGAAACUCUACUCCCAGGAUAGAACGGGCCUAGUGGACUACGCCUUGGAGUCUGGAGGUGGUAGCAUCCUAAGCACGCGCUGCUCGGAGACGUACGAGACAAAGACGGCCCUCAUGAGUCUGUUCAGCGUGCCCCUCUGGUACUUCUCCCAGUCGCCCCGCGUCGCCAUCCAGCCUGAUGUGUAUCCAGGGAACUGCUGGGCGUUUAAAGGUUCUCAUGGUUACCUGGUCAUCCGGUUGUCCCUGAGGAUCCUCCCCACAGCCUUCUGUCUGGAGCACAUCCCGAAGGCCAUGUCCCCUACCGGCAACAUCGCCAGCGCUCCGCGCAACUUCACUGUCUACGGUCUGGAUGAUGAGUAUCAGGAGGAGGGAAAGCUGUUGGGUCAAUACACCUACCAGGAGGACGGAGACUCAAUGCAGAACUUCCCUGUCAUGGAGAAGAACGAAAGGGCCUUCCAGAUCAUCGAGGUGCGGGUGCUGACCAACUGGGGUCACCCCGAGUACACCUGCCUCUACCGCUUCAGAGUCCACGGAGAACCACGCAUCCAGUGAGGCAGGAUGGCGGCCAUUUGAACUGCAUUUCUCUGCUAUCUGUAUAUAAUACUGGACAUAUUUUCUAAAUGGAGGAGGCCGGGAAAACCGAGACUGAUAUAAACGAGUGACUUCAGAAGUAUGGGGUUGGGUGUUUGAUUUAUGCUAGAAUGUGUCCAAGGGGUGUUUUGUUUUAGUACUGAAAUGGUAAAAGAAUGAAAGAAUGGACUGUAAUGAAAUGUCAGGGAAUGUGAAAGAGAAGAGAAGAGUGAAGGUAGGAGAAGCUCGGUCCCAGUCCCUCCUCCUUAAACCUGCUCUUGCACUGAAUUAGCCCUCCAGGUCAUAACCCUUUGGUUUUUGGAGGAGCGUGUUCCUCUGCCACUCUCACUCAACCA